AUGGAAACGAUAUGCGCACUCCUUCCUGAAAAUCGUGUUAAAGAUGCUGCGGUAUUUCAAAUUACAGGUGUUGACAUGGCUGGUCCUCUGUUUCUAAAAGAAUGUAGAAAGAGUUGGGUGUUAAUAUUCACUUGCGCAGUGUACAGAGCAGUACAUUUUGAGCUAAUUACUGCAGCUUCCACGGACGCCUUUUUAAUGGCAUUUAGAAGAUUUAUAGCUCGCAGAGGAAGAUGUACUGUUGUAUAUUGUGACAAUGGAUCUAAUUUUGUUGGAGCAGCCAAUUCAUUAAAUCAACUGGAUUGGAACCGUAUACAGAAACAUGGAGUCGUCAAUUCGAUUGAUUGGAAGUUUAAUCCACCGACUGCCGCAUGGUGGGGCGGUUGGUGGAAGCGACUAAUAAGAAUAUUGAAAGAUCUCUUAAAAAGAGUAUUAGGUAAGGCACAUCUCAAUUAUGAAGAAAUGGCAACUGCUCUGGCAGACUGUGAGAGCGUAAUCAACUCAAUACCUCUGACUUAUAUCUCUGAAGUAGAUGUGAUAAAGCCCAUUUCUCCAUGGAUGUUUUUGCAAGACAUUCAUGAAUGCAGUGUUCCAGAUAUUGAUGCUCUGGAACAAAAUUCUUUGUCCAAGAGAUUCAAAUACAGACAAAUCAUACUUCAAGAAUUGAGGAACCGAUUUCGGUCGGAAUACUUAAGUGCUCUCACUCAACGAGGGAACAAUAAAAAACUACGACACCCAGUGGCUGUGGGUGAUAUUGUUCUAGUGGGAGCUGAUAACAAAAAGAGAAUUAACUGGCCUUUAGAUCGUAUUAGUGAGCUUCUUCCAGGUAAAAACGGUAAUGUGCGGCUUGUGAAAGUGCAGACUUUACACUAA